UUAGCUCUGUGGGCGUCACUUUUUUAUUCAACUAAUCUGUGGUGUUCUGCGGAUAACAAUAUGUCGGACAAUGAAGAUUUGUUAGGCGACGACCUGGGUGACCAGAGUCUUGCUGAUUAUAACCUUGGGAACGAGGAGGAGGAACAGUUGUUGGCGGAUGACUACGACACCGCGCCACAAAAUGUGCCGACUUCUCUGGGCCCUCAUUAUGAAGCAGAAAUUCCACCAGAAUAUCAAACACACAGCAUAGAAUAUAGUCAACCAAUACCUUACCAGCCUGUUGUGGAGACAGAGUGUGUUGUCCCCAACAUAACUGUAGAGGUGCCGAACCCGCAGCCUGAACAUCCACACUGCACAUAUGCUCCGUACGAGCCUGUAUAUGAACCUGAAAGGACCGUGCCACCAGCUAUUCCAGCGGCACCAAUAGAAUCACCACAAAUAGUACCUUCAGAGUUGAACCCGCCUAUUCUAAAUGGAGACCUAGCCGGCCGCGAGAGGUUCAUAUCGGAGCGCCCGCCCGGGGCGCAGCGCCUGCCGCAAAUCAGAGAUAUACCUGAUUCACUUGAUAAAGUAGUAGUGCCCCGGGGACGAGGCCGUGGCGGCUGGGUGCCGCGACACAGGCACCGCGUGCUACACAGGACCAAUUACAAUCCAAGAAUGCAAUUCCAGCCGCCACAAAUGCACAUACGCACCGAUCUACCGCCAAUGCGGCAAGAUAUGCGACCUAAAUGUCCGGACAUGCCGCCGGACAUGUUACCGGUCGGUCCGGAGAUUUCGCCGGAUCGGCCGAUCGUUCCCGAAUUGAUGCAGUUCCGGCCGCAAUUCCAACCGUUCCAGUACAGACCGAAUAUUGACGAAAGGGCGACGUUUUCGGCCAACGUCAGGCCGAAUUACGAGCCGCGACGUAUGUUUCCGUAUCAGAGACCGUAUGCACCGUAUCCGCUGCCUAGGGAGAUGGGACCUAAUCCAGGCAUGCCACAGGUGACAAUACGGCAAGCUUUGCCGAUCGGCGUGCCGGACAAACCGAAGGAGCCGGAAGUCCGGAUGCUGCCGGUGCAGUUGCCGCCGAACUUGCCGCCCGGCGGGCUGGCCGGCAAGAAGGUCCUCAUCAAUCCGCAUUUCAAAGGAAACUUCCAACCGCCAGUCGAAGGGCUGCCAGCCUACAUACCGACAAGAAUAUCGAAAUCGCCACCCAUCAGUCCCACGCUAGAGAGCAAAUUCGGUCCGAUAAAGGAUAUAGACGAUGCAGCGGAGAGAUUCAUAGCUGAACAGAGAAACGCUUUGGCGAGAGCCGCCAGCAGGAAGUUUACGCGACGAUCGCCACUCAGGUUCAUAGAGAACACGACGAUAGAGAUAGAGAAUGAGUUGGCCAGCCGCAGCGUGAGGCGUCGCAGUGAGGACGACGACCUCCUUCGGAGGCAGGAGGAGUUCAUUAACGCGAACCGCGCUGGCCUGAGGAGGAGGAUGCGGUCCCCGUCGCCGGCGCGGCGCUCGCCGUCGCCGCGCGCCAGCCCCGAGCGCCGCGCACGCGCCGACGCGCCGCGACACUACGACGAGGAAAGUGACUACAAACGUCGUCUGCGAGAACAAGAGAGCCUGAGGGAGCGAGUGUUGCGAGCCAAAGAGGUCCGCAGGAGGAAGAAUGCCGUCGCACUCCACAAUAAGAUACAGGAGAGGGAAAGGGAGCCCCUUGAAAAAGAAAAAGAACUCGGAAAACCGGAAAAACCGGAGGAACCCAAACCAGAGCCGGUUGUAGACAAACCGUCAAGCACAGAGCCGGAACCGAAGCCGGACACCACGCGGAAGUCGCCCGAGAAACCGGACAAACCGGAGAAAUUCGAUAAGCCGGUCAAACCGGAGAAAAUCAGAGAGCGGUCGCCGAUCAGGAAGGAGGAGAGCGCCGAAGUGAAUUCUACAUGUGGUGCCGUUUCAGAGUCGCUGACGCCGCCGCGCGAGGUGGCUCUCACGCCGCCGUUGCCCGACGACGACGACGACCUCGACCUCAUCCUGGGCGAUAUUGACGGUAUUCUAAGCGAUGACGAUGACUCCGGACGGUUCAAACAGAAGCCGAUCAAACCAGAACUGACCAAAACCACAACCAAACCGUCGGUAGAUCUGAGGAGCAAAUUGCCUCCGAAAUCGUCCAGCACCAGUGAUGCGAAAAAAUCGCAACGACAAAAAAUCGUGUUCAACGACAAUGAAGAUAGGAAGAAAAAAGAGAAAUCUCCUCCAAGAAAGGCCAUAGUGAGCUCAACAAAGAAUGACGAUGGUGACAUAGCUGAUAAAAAACAGAUGCCGCAAAAAUCUGACACGUCAGCACCAAAGAACAGACAGAGAAUUGUAUUUGACAAGGAGGAGAAACAAAAAGAGGAUACGGAACACAAAUUCGCUAACCGCCGCGUAAUACUCCAACGACGCGUCACGCAGAAGGAGAAAAUACGAGCGGAAACCGACCCUACUCAGCCGACAUUAGGCAUAUUCAGCAGGGCCGUCCGCACCGCAGUGCGUGGGACCGACGAGCCCCGGGUAGAACUCGCCGAGGACGACGACGAGCCCCCGGCGAAGGGUGCGCGACUGCCCACCUCGGCAAUCGCCGCCGUGAUGAAUCUGCCACCCGGUAUAACCGAUACAAGGCUCAAGACACUUGCCGGCAACGAUGUGCAGAGUUUGAUACUGGAUAAGGAAGAGCGCAGUGCUAGAAUCACGUUCAAAACACCGGCGGCCGCCGAAAACUUCAAGAGAAAGUUCAAUAACAAAAUGGUUGCCGCGAGCCGAUUGACUGUCACGCUCCGUUAAUGUAGUGGACAGGGGCUCCCAAACUUGGUGGUCACCGCCCCCUGGCGGGAAUGUGCAAGGACUGUGUUACUGCCGUAAACAUUUUGGGGUUUCGUUUUAGCUUGACACUUUCGCAGAGCCGCCCAAAGAGGGGGCGUUUGGUAUACAAAAAAUAAAUAGUAAUGAUUUUUUUUUUAUAUUAUUUAUUUUGGCAGUAACACCUAUGAUUUGGGAGCCUCUGGUUUGUUUUUGGAUCAAAGUUUAAUGUGCUUGCUAGCACUGGUGUAAAACUUGUGUAGUGUAAGAAAUUUUAAUUACAUCUAGGUGUAUGUACCGAGUUUUAAAGGGGUGAUAAUAUUUUUUACAAAAUAAAAAUAUUGUUUUAAGUGUAAUUUUAGAUUACAGCAAAUUGUUACACGGAAAACGUUUUAUUUUCACCUCUAAAGUAAAAUAAUUAUUACAAUAUAUGUCACACGGAUACAUGAAUUUUGUAUGUGUUCUGUAGAUUUGUGAAACAAAAGGAUAAUUGUUAUUUUUGUUCUAAAUGUUCAUGUUAUGUACAUUGACGCAUUGUUGAUCGGUACUUUUAACAUCGAAAAGCCAUAGGUAAUCAUUUCGUUUGUCAUUUAAUUGAAAAUAAUGGUAACAUACAUCGUUACUUAAGAACUUCCUUCCAUAAAAAAGAUGCUAAAAAAAAAACUUUAUUAUCGCCGCUCAGAACGUCUUUGAAUGGUCAAAUCUUAGGAUUCUGGGUACACUAAAAUAUACAUUAUGUGGGGAACAAGUUAAAAAUAAUCCAUAAUAUGUUUUGGAGUAAUUGCGUUGUAUACAACAGUAUAUCCUUAGAGAUAUCUUUACUACCGUUGCUUGGUAAUAAAUACAUCACGAGUUAGGUUUUUUGACCCAAAAUGUCAGUUAUGAAGAAUUUUAUUCAAUUCGCUGGCCUACGAUCAACAGUGGGUUAAUUACGUUUGAUGUUGUUUCAAGGACUUUGCAGGGAAGUUGUUAUUUUCUAAGGAUUAUAAAACAAUAACAAUUUAAAUUAGUUUACUAAUUGAAUAAAGUUUUAGCACCAUUGUGACGCUUUUGGAUUGUCUUCACUGGAUAUUUAUAACUAUUUCUGUCUAUUAUCCUAGUGUUUCAAUACAAUAUGAGUUUUAGAACGUUAACGUAAGGUUCACAUUGUAUAAUGCGCAAAAAAACUAGACUAAGCUGCACAGGGUGAAUAUUAUGAGCAAACUUUCUAAAAAGAGACACUCUGUAUAGUCCUUAAUAAAUAAUUACUAAAGAUAAUAAUCAUCUUAUUACAACGUGUUUUUUAAAUAUUAACUUAUUUAUCUCAUCUGCAGUAUAAGUCCACUGUAAAAUAUUUCAAAUAGAUACUUUCUAAUUAGCCUGAAUGUAUGCUAAGUUUAUUUAAAAUUUGACUGUACUGAGGUAAAAUUUUGACAUUACUCCCGUAUUCUUAAAACAAACAUAUUAAUGUAUGUAAUACGUGACUUUAAUGUUUUUCAUGUAAGCAAAACUGGACACAGUAAAUAGGGUAGCUCAGAAUUCGUUAAUAACCAGAUUAAUGAGAAUUUAUUAUUUUUUUAGAUAUUGCCCUUAUCGUUCAGAAUUUGUUAAUGAUAUUGUUCUAAGCAUUACCUUGGAUAACUAUUUCAACUUAAAAAAAAACUUCAGUCAAUAUUAAUAGAUGUCAAAAAUGAUUGCAAAUUUUAUUUAUUUUUGCAUCAUUUGUCUUGAUAUUUGUUAAUCUCUAUGGAUUUGUAAACGUCAGAGGUAUAUCUCGGAAAAAUAGCGUUCCGCUCUCUAUGAAUUACAUAUCGCCUUGGUGCAACGAGGUUGUAUCUGGCAAUGGAUUAAAGAGUCAAUUAGAACCGUGUUGCUCUAAGGCGAUAUGCUUUUGUUUUUCCAAAUAUAUGGGUUUUUUAAUGCAUUGAGAUUUAAGAAGACCAAUGCAAACAUAUUGUAUUAAUGUUAAGUAGUUGGUUGGUAGUUCACCAAUAUUUGUCGCUUAGUUGUUUCAAAGAUACAUAUGUGGUAGAUCAUACAAUUACGGCAAAGUGGCUCUCUGUCUGAGAAAUUUAAUACAAUAGAUAACAGAUGACGCGUAGUAUGCGUAGUUGGCCUCAAAUAACCCCCAUUAUUACGUCAGCAAAGCUAAAGAAACAAGUAUGUUAAAAAAAUAACGUUUUAAAUCAUAUUAUAUAAUGACUAUGUUGAAUAAAUAAGUCAUGUCAUCUCUUAAAUAAGGAAUCAACAAGUAAUGAUAAAAAUUAACAAUAUGUGCUGAAGAAACACAAGUGACUGAGAUUGUGUUGACUUGACAUGGGAUUUAGUUUAUUUAAUCGAUUGAAUUUUAAAAUGGGAACGCCAUGAUUUUCUUUUAUUUACUUUGUAAUUGAAUGUUAGAUUCUUUUUACUACUUGAAUAUUUUUCUAACAGUAGCCACUUUGCUAUAAUUUUUUAUUUUUAAGUAACAAUGGACGAAAAGGUACAAAAUAUGUGUCUGAGAUGAAAGUUUUCUUAUUUGUUCUAUCACAAAGAUGAGAAAAAAAAAUUAUAUUCUAUUUGUACUUUACAGUAUUUUUUGUUACGUCACUGUAUCUAAAGUGUUACUAUUAAAGAAAUAUGAGUGUAGUGUAGUCAUGACAAUAUACCACAAUUUAGAAAUUGACAGGCAUUUUGUUAAUAAGCCAUAUCUUUUCAUAUUUAAUACGAUUGUCUACUAUGUGGUUUGACUAUGUUUACAUAAAAUAAUUUACUUAUUCCGUAGAAGGACUUUGGGCAGGUUAAUGAGAAAUAGUUUUAUUAAUCUCGCGAUGGUAUAAUAGUUAAAAUUAUUAAUUUUAGUAAAAGUUUUAAAUAUUAUAAUGGGACUAGCAAAAUAAAAGGCCGGUGUAUGAAACUUUUACUACCAUAGAUCGGUUUGAUUACACUGCACUUCUAUCCAGAACAAACAUUAAUAUAAAAUGGUUAACGUCGAUUUAAAUUUAGUACGUAAAAGUGAAAUAGUUUUACCUUUUUACCGAAAAAAAAAUGAAAUGUAAUAUACGAAAAAAUUAUGAUUGUAUUUAUGGUAUCGAUAAAAAAUAAUGUCGACACCGAUUCAUGCGAAACCUUAUAAUUUGAAAUGUCAUUUCAGUAUGAAUAUGUGUUAAAAAAAAAUACUGAAAAAUUCCAUUUUACAAGUCAUUCAUGAAAUUAGACGAAUUGUUGAAGUUCAUGAAUGUCGUCUACAUAUUAUUUAGCAAAAAAACCGAUGCAUAAUAAAGGUGUAUAGAUACAAAAGUUUAGGAACUUUAUACUAUUAGUGUUAAUUUUAAAACUCACUAAAGCACACCUCUAUUUUAUUGGUUGUUCUAAAAUGGUAAAAAUUCAAAAGUUUACUUUUUCUGACUGAGCUUAUUUUUUUUUUUACUAAAUUACUUAACUGGUUGUCUAAAAUGACUCCAUUUGUGUCCCAGAUUAUGCUAUUGUUCAAAAGCACGUAUUUAAUUUUUACGUUAGUUAGAAAUAAUUUUGUUCCCGUAAAUAUGAUGGUGUUUAAUUUGGUAGAAUUAAAUGGUCAUUAACGGAUAUUUUUAAACUAUUAAUACUUUAAAAAAAUAUAUUGUCUUUUCGUUUACCCAAGAGCGUAUUUACUAGGGAUAAAUUUAAUGUCAAACUCAAGUUAGCAUUGUUAUUUCGUUUCCACAUAAAAAUAAUAGCCAGAGCUAUAAAUCUAGAAUUUAUGUUAAUGUGGUUUAGGCUCUUAGCUAAGUCAAUGUAAAUUGUCUCUAAAUAUCGAUAUAGCAGUUCGGAAAUACAUUAUUAUCAAUAUAAUGUAAAAAAAAGUUUUUCAAUUUAUUGACCCUAUUAAAAAUAUGUUUGCAGUGGUACAAAAAGAAAAUAAUGUAUAUUUUUAUUUCCUAUGGAUUCGCAAAUUCAAUAUUUUUGACUUAGCCUAUUUUGGAACGGUUGUAUCGAUAUUUAUGAAAGAAAAUUUGUUUUCGUUACAUCUACAAAAUAUUAUGUUCGUGUUAGUUGUAAAUUUACGAUACGUAUAAUAGUGAAGUAGUGUGAAAAGUUUGGAUUCUAUUUCUAAAACUUGCUGAAAAAUAUUAAGCUUGUGUUCGCUACUCCAUUAUAAAAAUGGUUUAUGUCGAAAACUAUAUACGGUUGGAAAGCCCCAAAUAUACUAUUUUCUAAUGAAGCUUCAUAAGCGAAACGUUAAUUAACCGACUUUUAAAAAAAGGAGAAGGUUUUCAAACAUAUUAUGUAUUUUAUUUUAUGUAUAUACUUCUUUAAAGAUAUCGUUAAUUUUUUGUAAUAAUAUAGAGAAAGGCUGGAAUAAGCCAGUUUGGAAAUUAGAAUAUUACUCUAAAAUUCGUAUGUUUUGGUAAAUGCAUAAACUAGACUAAACCGAUUCUGACAGAAUUUGAACGCAGACGAAACUGCGAAUCAAGAAUCGGAACAUCAAAAACAAUCAAACUAACCAUUUACAUAUAAUAUGUACUAAAGUAUUGGACGCGUACAGCUAGUUUUAUGAAAUAAAAUCCAAAUUUAGUACAUUUCUAAAUAAAUAGCAUUUACCACUCUGUUUUAAAGCGUUUCAACUAAUUAAAAGGCUGAAUAAUGAAUUACCUACAAUAGAAGUCAAAUAAAUACGUGUACCAAAUUUACCGGCACUAAAGUCUGAUUAACACGAUACUGUAUACGUUUCUGAACGAAGCCUUGUUAUUGGUACAUUUCCAGUACUCGAAACAGCCAAUCAAAUAUCUUUUUUCAAUUCCCAAAACUCUUACUUUACCUCUUUGUUGAUUGAAAUUAAAAAAUAAUUCUCUAUUGUAGGUAAUACGAUUUUUUUCUCAAAAAAUAUGUAACUAUUUGUAUGGGCUUGAUUGUCUUAGAUACAUAUAUAUGCUUAUACAAAUAAAUAUGUCUAUAGAUAUGAAUUGGUUUCCUUGCCGUGUACCUUUACGAGAUCUCAAAAUAAAUGCAGCGGUCGGGAGUUUUUAAAACUGUGUUUCAAUAAUAGAUGUAUAAAGCACCCUUUUGUAUUAGUUUUAAGGUCUGUUUUCAGAUUAAUAUUUGUGGCGAUAAAAAACAAAUUGUGUUGUACAUUGUAAAUAUUUGGUUUUAUUGUGUAUUAUGUAUUGUUUUUGAAUGUUUGUUGUGACCGCCUUGCUUCUAAAUGCAUACGUCUGUAAUAGUCAUGCAGUUUUGAAGGACUAAGUCAUACGAACUGAGACAAAACUUUGUAUAACUAUGACUGACGUAUGGAGCGUUUAUAAGUAAGGGUUUGCGUAAGUUUUAUGUGACAUGGUUUGGUUUUUAUCGGCGUAAGUUUUUCUUUAAUAGUGUAACAAGUACAUUUUUAGCCAUCGUUGUUUCCUGUUUACUACUGAGACGAGUAACGAUCGUAAGUUUUUUAAUCUCUAUGGGCUUUUAUGUAGUGUUAUUAUAGUUGUGAUGUAGUCCGUCAUAGAUUUGACUUUUCGUUCUAAGUUAAAAGUUAAUUAAAAUAAACCCAUAGGCGUAUUAAAUUUACCAUCUUAAAAUAUAUUCUGAAACGAUUUGGAAAUAUUCUUGGUUUAAACAAAAUAUUUAUUUACAAUUCGCGUUUUACGCGACGGAAAGACUGAAAAUAUAAAAUAAAAAUACUUGAAAUCUU